UUCCAAUCCUUUCUCCAUCCCGUCUCCCCCCGCCCCCCUCCUCUCUCUCUUCAAAGGCCGAGAAAGCAGAGAAAGGAAGAAUCUUUAGGCCUCCAGCCCCAACAUCAUCGCCGUUCGUCCUCGAUACCGCCGGAGCCGGUCAAGGAAGCAGGGGCGGGAUGUCGUCUCCGAGCAAGCGCCGCGAGAUGGACCUCAUGAAACUGAUGAUGAGUGACUAUAAGGUGGAAAUGGUGAACGACGGGAUGCAAGAAUUCUUUGUGGAUUUCCACGGCCCCAACGAGAGCCUCUAUCAAGGAGGAGUGUGGAGAGUAAGGGUUGAACUACCAGAUGCUUAUCCUUACAAAUCUCCUUCAAUUGGAUUUAUUAAUAAGAUGUAUCAUCCUAAUGUAGAUGAAAUGUCUGGUUCAGUUUGUUUGGAUGUUAUCAACCAAACUUGGAGUCCUAUGUUUGAUCUUGUCAAUGUAUUUGAAGUUUUCCUCCCGCAACUUCUUCUGUACCCAAACCCUUCAGAUCCAUUGAAUGGGGAAGCUGCAGCAUUGAUGAUGCGCGAUCGGCCUGCUUAUGAAGAAAAGGUUAAAGAAUACUGUCAGAAAUAUGCAAAGCCUGAAGAUAUUGGCGCUUCUCCAGAAGACAAGUUGAGUGACGAAGAGCUGAGUGAAGAUGAAUAUGAUUCCAGCGAUGAACAAGUGGUGGGAAAACCUGAUCCUUAAUUGGGUUUCUCUGUUUCCUGUACAUCUUUGUUUCAGCUACUAGAAAGAAGAUUAAAUUCUUUGUUUUAUGUGCCACUGUAAAUAAGCAUACCAAAUCAUCAAGUUAUCUAUGGCUAUUGGACUUUGUUUAACCAGAUUAUUCUGAGAUCUAAAGGACUUGGAAUU